AUGCGCCGCGCCCCUGGUUGCCCGGGCGGCACGGCCGCCCGCGGCAGCAGCGCCUCUACUAAUUGCCCACUUAGGCGCGGCGCCCCCUGCGGCGCCCCGCGGGCCCCGGGCCGUGGCCGCAGGGCCGACGGCGUCAGCCGCCCGCCCGGCGCCCUCUUCAUACCCGCCGCGCACGUCGACGCGCCACCUGGCCCCGCGCCCUUCGCCACGCUGCCGUCCUCCCCGGAGCCCGCCGCCCCCCAGCAGGCCCCGGGAUCCCACGCGCAGGCUGGCGACAGCAGCGCCGCCGCCGUCCCGCUGCCGCCGCAUGAGGCGCAGCAGCUUGGCCCGGAGCACCAGCAGCAGCAGCAGCAUGCCGCAGCCGGCGCCGCCCUGCAGGCGACAACGGAGGCAGCGGAGCCGUUCUCACGCGCCGGCAGCGUGCCCCUGGCGGGCGGCGUGCUGGAGCUCGUCCGACUGGAGGGGGACCGCUUGCUGCGCGUUUGGCUGCCGCCGGGUUACACCCGCACCGAGGCCUCGCGUAAUCCCUACCCCCUGCUGCUCCUGAAUGACGGCCAGAACCUCUUCAGCGACGCCCUCUCCUUCAGCGGCGCCUCCUGGCGCGCCGCCGACACCGCGUCGCGCCUGAUCACGUCGGGCGAGCUGCCGCCGUUCUGCGUGGUCGGGAUUGACCACGCGGGGGCGGAGCGGUCGCGCGACUACCUGCCUUACAAGCCCGGCACGGGGCCGGGCGGCUUCCGCCCCGACGCGGCGGACUGGCCGGGGGGCGGCGUGGAGGCUUACAUGACGCGCGUCAUGGACGAGGUCGUGCCCUGGCUCGCGUCCGCCUACGGCACCGCCCCCGGCGGCCCCGGCCUCGCGUUCGGCGGCUCGUCGUUCGGGGGCGUCUGCGCGCUGUGGGCGGCGAUGCGGUACCCGGAGCGGCUGGGGGCGGCGCUGGUGGAGAGCCCAUCCCUCUGGUUCGCCGACGAAAACUUCCUCAG